UAACCUAUCAACACACAAGCUCCGGUGGGACCCGAUUCCAAUUGUGAAAGUAAUUUAACAUUUAGCACCAACCAUGUCGUGGUCAGGGUUUAAGAAAGCCGUGAAUAGGGCCGGUAUGUCAGUGACUGUCAAGAGUGUGGAUAAAACCAUUGAUAAAGAUUUUGAUGUAGAAGAAAGAAGGUACAAGACUUUGAAGACUGCUGGUCAAAAUUUACAAAAAGCAAGUAAGGGAUACUUGGAUUCAUUGAGAGCCGUCACUGCAGCACAAGUUAAUAUUGCUGAAAUUGUCAACAACUUGUAUGAAGAAAGCAAACAAGGAGCCUCUAGCCAGUACGCUAGUGUGGGAACAUAUUACCUUCAAUGUGUCAGGGAAUUUGAUGAAGAGACAGUUAAACAAGUUGAUGGUCCAUUCAGAGAGACUAUCUUGGAUCCCAUAACCAAAUUUGCCAAUUACUUCAAUGAGAUUGACGAAGCUAUCAAGAAGAGAUCUCAUAAAAAAGUUGACUAUGAUCAGUGCAAAUCCAAGGUUAGAAGAUUAAUUGACAAACCCGCUAAGGAUGCUGCUAAACUCCCAAGAGCUGAAAAGGAAUUAGCCAUGGCUAAAGAUAUUUUUGAUGAUUUAAAUGAACAGUUAAAACAAGAAUUACCUCAACUUAUAAGUCUUAGAGUUCCUUUUUAUGAUCCUUCAUUUGAGAGUUUGGUCAAAAUCCAGUUGAAAUUUUGUACCGAAGGAUAUUCUAGAAUUGCACAAAUCCAGCAGUACUUAGACGAACAGUCACGUGAUGAGUAUUCUAACGGUUUGUUGGAUGGCAAAAUUGAUGAUUUAUUAAAUCAAAUGAACAGCUUGAAUAUAACUUCUUUAGGGCAAAAGUAAUCUAGUUCAUUUUAUAAUUUUGUAGUGUAUGGCAAAUAGAUAAUCAAAAAUGUAUGUUUUUCCCGCUG